CACCACAUUCAACACACACCUGCGACAGUAGCAGAGAUGAACGCGGUACCCCCUGCAGGAAGUGCCCUGGCGGCCAACACCACCACGGGCCCCACCACCCCCAAGAAGGGACCCCCCAAGUUCAAACAGAGGCAGGCCAGGACCUUCAAGAGUAAGGCCCCCAAGCCUGGACAGAAAGGGUUCGGCGACGACAUCCCGGGCAUGGAGGGUCUCGGAACAGACAUCACGGUGGUCUGCCCCUGGGAAGCCUUCGGCGACAUGGAGCUCAGCGACUUGGCCAAAUACGGCAUCAUCUAA